GCAAUUGAUGGUACAGUAGAGUUGGAGAGUGGAGUGUGGUGUGGUGCAGAACAGCAGAAGGCAUUUCAAUUUUCACACGCAGACGCAGACGCAGACGCAGACGCAGACGCAGGGCUGAAGUCGCUCCCACAAGUGACAAGCCUCUUCUUCUCCCUCUUCUCCCCCGCUGAGGAGAGAAGAGGAGAGAGAAAACAGAUUCUUCCCUUUCCCUUCCAAACUAAAUAAAUAUAAGAAAAGGUAAAUCCUCUUCUCCCUCUUCGUCUUCUAGGGUUUCUCUUCCGCCAUUGCCCACCUCACUCCUUGCUCCUCCCCACUCUUCUCUACACCCAUUGCUCUCCGAUCAUCUCCAUUCCCCUAUUCGAUUCCGAUUCCCUAAUUUCUAGGGUUCUCAUCGCUUUCUUCCCGAUUCCGCCAGCUGGUGCAUUGUUUUCGCCUCUCCAUGGUAUGUUCCCCGGGAAGUGGGAGAAUGGAAGUCAUGGCAAGGCUUCUGGCCGCUGGAAGUUCCUCUCAGACCGUAGCAGAUGACUUUGCCCGUCAGAAGUUGGCUGCUGAGUAUAUUUGUAGAGAACUACGCGAGGCAGAUGAUGCAAAUUUGCUUCAUGAAGAAGAUAUGCAUGUCUAUGGUGAGAGUCCCAUGACUGAUACGUUGCAGCUGGUAUGCUGCAACAUUUGCAAGAAACCAAUCAAGGACAGUCAAUUUGCUGCUCAUGCAGAACUUUGUAGGUCAUUAAAGCUCACAGAACAUGCUACGUUGGAGCCGGAUGGCAGCACUGGGAAUCGAAAACCUCCUAGGAAGGAAAAGAAAAAGUUAGCAACUUCUUGUGCACACAAAGCUUCUGCAGUUGGGGAGCAGAGAAGGUCCGAGUCUAUGGAUAAUAUUGACUCUGCUUUGUCACAAUCCCACUUGAACAGUCAAAUCAGAGUGAUUCCCUUUUCCAAUGAGGUAAAAGAUGCAGCAUCUUUGAUGGAUGGUACUGGAAUUAAUCCUGGAAAUAGAGAUCACCCAGCUUCUGUAAUGCAUCCUCCAACAAAACGUCAUAAAUUGAUAGCAAGCACAAAUCUACCUGUACUAGAAAGCCAUGGAACAGAAUCUGCUGAGACAAAAGCUGUGAGUUUCACAGAUGGAGUCACUUGCAAGGAUUUGCUUGGAAGAAGUAUUUCAGAACAUGGAGAUCCUAACCAUAAAGCCCUUGGGCAGGUCCUUGUGCAACAUCGGCACAUAAUGAAGAAUGAUUUUCCUGCACCCCUGGCUACAAAGAUAUAUUAUUCACAAAGGACCAAUCGACUGCGUGCCAGAUUUCGUCAUCUUUACUUCCAGGGCUUAAAUGAGCAAUUGUGUACUGAUGUUGUGUGUCCAAAGACAUCACAUGCAGAGAUGGUUGCAUUCCAUGAUUCAUCUCUGAAGGACCCUUCAUUUGAUCAAAUGGACAAUGUGCAUGAGAGCCAACUGCCUGCUAAAAAAUCUGAUCAUAUUCUUGCAAAAAGCUCUGAAAUUUGCUUGCUAAAAGCAGGAGGCCUGCCAAGUAGUGGCUUGUCAAAUCAGUUUCUUCUUGAUAAUGUUUCAAGGUCUGCAGCCACUCAUGUGGGUUUGACUAGAAGCAACUUUCUUCCAGCGUCUUAUUCUUUUGCAAGCAACACAGGAAAUUCACUGGGAAAAAUGCAGCAACCAAAUGGGAGUGUUCCUGUUAUUUAAUAAUCUUGGUGGAAUUUUUUUGGGUAGGUGAUGGUACAGGUAACCAAUACAUGAUGUUAGGAUUUAGCUCCUUUUUUGAAGCUGAUAAAGUAAAUUACUCAAAUUGUUUAUCCUGUUAUCUGCUUUGUAAAUGAAAACAAAUUUGUCAUAUAAUGGAUGGAAAUGAAGAAAUUGUUAGUUCUAUAUUCUGUUA